AUACUAUUGACAUUUUGUACAUGUGUUUUUGACAUUGUCUGCAACGUUAUGGUAUAAAGAAGAUUGUUGUAGUUCCUGUUUUUAAAAAAAUGUUGAUUUUGGCAGUGCUGUCUUACAAAUGAAAAAUUAGUGUCGGUUUUCUCGCCCAUAAGAAAACAUGGAAGAACUGUUGCUGCAGAUAGUCAGAGAGGCAUCGAGUCCGAAGCAGGCAGUGUUGCGGAAAGCGGCUCAGGAUGCUCAUGAUUUCCUGGAGGGGCAGCAGGGCUUGAUGAGGGACCCUGCCCACGAGCUGCGAGCCAAAUGUCUCCACGCUCUGCGGCUAGCGCUCGAGACGAAGAGGAGCAAGUUCGUUGCUUACGGGUUGUCAGGACUGCACAAACUCCUCAGAGAUGACAGAUUUCAGUCCAACUUUGAGCCAGAAGAUGACUCUAUGUGGCUGCCUUCUCAACUGCUUCAUGCAGUGAGUUCCAUUCUCACACAGUCGGAUGAUACACAGGUGGAUAUGCUUAAGGUCCUACUGAACGUGGCAUGCAGCAACUACUGGACGAUGAACGGCCGCAUCAUCAUUCAGAUACUGACGCUGUGCAGCGAGGCGCACGAGAAUGGCAACCAAGCGGUCAGGACUGCCGCCCAGGCCGCCAGCAGCCAGACCUUGCGGUCGUUCUGCAACUUCUUGGAGGAGGAAUGCCAGGAGCUGGACAAGAGCCUCCAGAGAGCCGGGAACCAGGCUGAUGUCGCGACAGGUGUGUCUUGUUUCAACGAGGUCAUCCCCAUCUUGCAGUUCAUCUGCAGCAAGAUGGACGAAGCUCAGGCCGCCGGCCGCUGCGGCAACAGCGUGGUGUUCCUGCUGGAGUGCCUGCACACGCUGGUGCUCAGCCUGCCACAGCAGAUCCAUGCCAACAAGCACUUCACCGCCUUCCUGUGGCAGAAGUUCUGCCCUGCGCUCAUCGCCUUCCUGGGCUCCCCGCGCGUCGACAAGCACAUCGUGUCGCGCGGCAGGACGGCCCCCGCCGAGGGGGAGGUGGGGCGCGGCUCCGGCUGCCUCGCCACCGCUCCCAGCUUCAACAGCUCCGAGGCCAAGACGGUCUACAGCAUCGGCACCCAGCUGGUGCGCCUGGUGGGAUGUGUGGGCUCGCUGCGGCCCGUGCUGGAGUCCGUGUUCCACCGCAUGCUGCUGUACCCUCCGCCCCAGCACCGCCUGGAGGCCCUCAAGUCUCUGCGUGAGUUGCUACGCAGUCCAAGUCGCAUAGUGGAUUUAGCAGGGCCAAUUCUAGUUGAAGAUGAUAAGGGAUCACAACAGAGUGAUAUGGCAUUAAUGAGGCUGGUGAUGGACUCCAUCGAGGAGUGCAGCCAGUGCUCGGACACGCCCGUGUGCAGCGCCAGCGUGUCGUGCAUCGUCGCCAUGCUGGGCUCCUUGGAGGAGCUGUGCACGGGGAAGGGCAUCAACCCCGUCUACAUGGAGCGCAUCAACGCCAUGUACUCCGAGCUGAGCCAGUGCGACUACCGAGGACCGCUGACGUACCAGUCGAUGUCGCGGCUGCCGAAGCCGUACCGGGAGCGCAUCGAGCGGGAGCGGCAGCUGCUGGCGCGGCAGGGGGACGCGGGCGAUAGUGACAGCAGUGGCAUCGAGCAAGGGGACGACCACGGUCCGCGGCCGGCCUCGCGGUGCGGGAGCUCCAGCUCGGGCGAGACCGAGGGUCCCGAGGAGGGGUUCUGCCCGGACCAGGCCGAGUUGGAUGCGAUGGUGGAAGAAGCGGAGCGACAGCGGGAGCAACAGGAAGCGCUGAGACUGGAGAAGCUGCCUCGGACGCUGCAUGAGAACGAGACUGCCCUCCACCAAGUUGGAGAAGAAUACAUUGAUGUGGAACGGCACAAUGCCCGCCACUUCGUGCAGACGCUGUACUCUGUAGUUCCAAACCUGCUCAUGCUGAGGAGUUCCAUUGAAGUGGAUGAAGCUAUCCAGCACUUUUCCUCCAAGUAUUGCCAAGGCUUGUUUGCGCAGCAGCAGUUGAAGCCAGACGACAGCAGCAACACUCAGAACCUGACCCUCAUCACCAUCAUAAAUGCGGACGGCAUAUACCUGGCCACGUACUCUGCCCUUCUCCUGAACCUGAAGCUCAUCAGGCAAGGGUACUACCAGCAGGACACGAAGCCACUGCCGAUGACCGAGGACCAGUUUGUGGAUGACGUGCACGGAAGUGGAGUUCUGGUCUACCUCUCUGACACAUGGUUGUCCGAGCUCUACCAGCAGAUACUAGCUUCCAGCCUGCUGGAGAGGUGUGGCUUCGACCCCCACUCGUCCAGUAACUGUGCUCUCACUAACCUACUAACAGAUUUGGAUGGACUUGGCAGCAGUCAGCAGGGCGGGCAGCUCCUCACUGAUUGCCAGAGACUGGAGAAAGCAGCUGCUCGCUGCGACACCAGUCCAGAAGUUGAUGCAGGCGUGAAGCUGUCCCGCCGCGUGCUGAGCUGCUGCUGGGGCUCGAUGCUGGCCGUGCUGUCGGCCCGGCUGCGGGACCCGGGCGGCCGGCCGGGCGUCGCCUCCAGCCUCGCCGUGCUGCUGGGCUCGGGCAGCGCCCGCGAGGAGCACCGCCGCGCGCGCGACGGCAUCGUCGCCAGCCUCGAGGGCCUGCAGAGGGCCUCCACCCUCAGCAACGUGCUGGGCCUGCAGAGCCGCUGCGGCACCAUCUUCUCGCUGCUGGCGGGCGCGUCCUGCCCCCGGGACGUGGACGGCUCCGACGAGCGGCCGCCCAUUGGCCGCCGCCUGCGCCGCCCCUCCCUCGGGCUGCUGCACCGGCACGAGAGGAGGCUACACACCUCGCACGUGCUCAGCAUGGACGCCCUGCUGGGCCGAGGCCUCGAGAUCGGCAGCCACAGCGCCGACUGCUGGGAGCACGUCUUCAGGUGCUGCAUGUAUGUUAGUAAGCUCGAGCAUAGCUUCUUCAGCCAGUCGGAGAACAGGAGCCUGUCCUCCAAGCUGGUCAUGAAGCGAUCGGCUUCUCCUGCAGACAAGGCAGUUGGGGACAGGCUGAACCUUAGCUUCAACAUGCAGGAUGAUGACGAAGAGCCUUGUGACGUGUACAGCUUCCUCUCGGCCCCGGCCGCCCCGGUGGUCGCGACAGAGAGCAUCAUGGAGGUGAUCCAGGAGAGUAACGCCGACAUAGUCUCUCACGGCGUUCUCAGUCAGCAGUACGCCGCCCGGGUCAUCUGCUUCCUGUCGCAGUUGGUGGACCGGCUGUUCGAGGACGCGGCGGUGAAGCUGAACCUGCGGGCGCUGACGAGCUUCCUGGCGGCGCUGUGCGAGGCGUCGCAGGCCCAGCUGUUCUCGCGGCAGGCGGGCGGGGCCGGCCCCGAGGAGCGGGCGGCCGGGACCAGGUCCUGGUGGCGACGCCCCCGGCCCCCGGCCCCCCUCGCCGCCCGCGGCAUGCUGCUGCUGGACCGCGUGGGCGACGUCACGCUCAAGUGCGUCCGCGGCAACCGGCCCCUCGUGCACGUCGUGAGGGUGUGGUCCAUCGUCGGCCCCCAUCUCAUGGAGGCAGCUUGCCACAAGGAGCAGGCGAUCUCGAAGAAGGCAGUUGCUUGUAUUCACGACACUGUGAACGCGUUGUUGAACGACCAGACAGAGAUGCCACAUUUCCACUUUAAUGAAGCGCUCUUCAAACCCUUCGAGAACCUGCUUUGUCUUGAGUUGUGCGACACAGACGUCCAGGACCAGAUCGUGAGCUGUAUUUGCGAGUUUGUGGAGGCGAACCGGACGGAAAUCCGCUCCGGGUGGCGGCCGCUGUUUGGCUCUCUGCGAGUGGUGAAGCUGUCUGCCAAUCAGCAGCCCCCGGGCGAGGACGGCCUGGGCCACCUCCGGCCGCUGCUGGAUGUGUUCGAAGUGUUCUUGAACACCAACAACCCGCUGGUGUUUUCCAACGCAGCGGUCGACUGCAUCUUGUGCCUGCUGAAGCACGUACGAGGCCCCAGUGAGUUGGAGGAGUUCUCCGGCAACGAACAAGCACAGGAAGUCUGUGACGCAGAACCCGACCCGUCUCUGGAGCUGUGCGUGGCCGCCCUGAAGUUCCUGCGCAAGUGUUCCGAGAUCCUGGCCACGAUGUAUGACAUGCCGGCCUGCCCCAUGUUCCACACCGCGCACAGGAUUCAGCUGAACAACACGCCGCAGUUUGUGGACCCGGUGAUUCCGAACCUAGAGCUGGCGCACUUCGGGGAGGAGAACGGCGCGGCCGGCCAGAGCUUCUCGUACCGCGUGCUCUCGACGGCCGGCGGCCAGGUGGCGUCCCUGGACGCGAUGGACCGCCCCAGCGGCGUGCUGCGGGUGUGGUUCCUGCUGCUGGAGGGGCUGGCCAGCGCCACCAUGACCUCCCCCCGUCGCUACCAGCCGCACACGCUCAACACGCUCUUCCAGCUGCUCCGCGAGCUGCUUCAGGUGCCAGGUCCGGAGUUUGGACUGCACUGUGUUAACCACUUGCUCCUGCCAAUGGUGCAGAACUGGCUGAGGAAAACCGGGCGCAUAUACCGUGGGUGGGACAACUUUGCGCCCAAUUUCAAGCAGUGCUGCGGUCUAGCCACGGACCUCGUCGUGGAGUACUUGACUUAUCUGCAAGGCAUGAACGUGUACGAAAGCAGCGCCACUCUGAUGCUGAAGCAGCUGUUACUGGUGAUGGUGGAGUGUGUGGUUCAGCCCACGGAGAGCAUCGCUCGCCUGGGCUGCGCCUGCAUCAGGCACGUGAUCCUGAGCACGGGCGCGCUCCUCUCGCCGGACCAGUGGCAGGUGGCGUGCGUCGCCCUGCACCGAGCCUGCUCCGUGUCCUUGCACUCGCUGCGCCAGCUGGUGGUGGUGUUCCGGCCCGGCUCGCACAGCUUCUACGGCGACGUGGGGCAGGUGAAGGUGGCCGCCCGUCGCGACUGCACCGCGCGCGAGAGCGACCGCCUCAAGCAGCUGGCGCAGCAGGUGUUCCUGCUGGAAGGGCAGCGGGACCUGUCGGCGACCCCGGGCGCCGGGGAGGAGCGCAGCUACAUAUUCCUGCUGUACCCGCCGGGCGUGGGCCACACGCUCAACCCGGACCUGUACAUCGUGCGCGUGCCCUUCCGCAGCCUGGUGGUGGGGCUGCUGGCCCACCAGAUGCUGCUGCAGACAGUCGGGGGCGUGCUGCUGGAGGGCACGGCGCACGUCAUUCCCAGCCUAGCAAAUGUGUUGCUUCAGAAUCGCACAGUAACCAGCAAUGAUAAAAUUGAAGAUUCAGAGAAUGGAAAUCAGAAGCUGUCUGGUUUGAUGGGCCAUAUGUCUCCAGAGCACAUUCAGACCCUUCUUUCCUGCCUUGAUGUUUCUUACGAACAGGCAAUUGAGUUUGACUCCAGGCCUGGUCUGAAAUUUCUGGUGCAGAAGGUUGCAAGCCUGGAAAGGGCAGCUAACUUAUAUCGACAGGCAGGUGCCGCUUGGACCAUAAAAGUCGUCACGCUGUUCGAUCUGUGCCUCCACGAAGUUGGCAAGAGUGGAGCCACCCUAAAAAAGGUGAAGAAGAUCUUGGAGGAUGAGCCAGAUGCACUAUCUUCACCGAAGAUUUGUGAGGGAAUCAUGCAAAAACCUGGGAGUACGUCAAGUUGUGAGUAUGGUGACAUGGCUGUCUUCCUCAAGAGGCUGAGACAGAGUUAUGACAAGUUGUGCGAGACAUACAUUGAUGUGAUUCUUGACAAAGAUGGCCAGCAUUCUGCAGUUGAUCAGAUAUCCGAUCAGCCCAUCUUCUUCCUCAUAGCUCAGCCGGAUGAUUUUCCGGAAAUCAAGCGGAAGGAAUCCCCACAUAGGUUGUCCGAUGACCGGGAGACAAAUGAUCUUAACUGUUCUGUCAACAGUGAUUCUUUAACUUCUGAGAAGAAAGUUGAAGUGGUUCAAGUAAUUGAAGAUAAACACAAAAAUCCUUCGGAUUGUGUACAACAGAAAUUGGAAAAAAAUGAAGAGUCAACCAUGGACGACAACGAACAUGGAGGAGAAGGUGAUGACUUUGAUGAAGUUUUUGAAAAUCCCGUUCCUAAAGAAGAAGUCUCGAAAGGUCCUCGGCCGUUUUCCCUGGCGGACUUUGCUCGGGAGUACUCCGACUCGAGCGAGUCUGAGAACGAGGGGAAGGGCUACGAGACGGACGUCUCCCUCAGCAAGGUGGACGGCGACUCGGUGUACGACGUGGCCACCAGGCGGGACGUGGAGAGCGUGGUGGGGGAGUACAAGCGACGCAAGCAGCUGCAGUCCAUGCCCCUCCCCCCGGGGCAGCGCGAGAAGAGGCUCAACCCCUUCCUGAGCAGGCCAGACGCACACUACGAGCAGAGCGAGACGGUGCCUGUCGAGAUAGAGCAGCAGCGGAGGAACAGCCUGUUUCGAGACAGCGAGGCGCACCGCAGGGUGUGGGCGGAGAUGCUGGGCUCGGUGUUCGACCUGCUGGCCCAGCUGGACGACGCCCACUUCUCCACGCUGCUGCCCGUGCUGUUCCACGGCGUGCGGCGCCUCACGGCCCACGCCACCGACCCGGCGCUCAAGCAGGCCGUCGCGGAGCUCUUCCACCGCGUCGCCCUGCUCUACGGCUUCAGCCCCGAGUAGCUCCACGCUGCUGCCCGUGCUGUUCCACGGCGUGCGGCGCCUCACGGCCCACGCCACCGACCCGGCGCUCAAGCAGGCCGUCGCGGAGCUCUUCCACCGCGUCGCCCUGCUCUACGGCUUCAGCCCCGAGUAGCUCCACGCUGCUGCCCGUGCUGUUCCACGGCGUGCGGCGCCUCACGGCCCACGCCACCGACCCGGCGCUCAAGCAGGCCGUCGCGGAGCUCUUCCACCGCGUCGCCCUGCUCUACGGCUUCAGCCCCGAGUAGCUCCUCGCCCCCCAUCGGUAGAGACCGGAAAAAUUCGCAGAUUCGUUUGGCGGUAGACUAGAACUCAAACACACAUGCCUUUUAGAUGAUUUUGCUAUUGGCUUACUGUUCAUCUUGAAUAAUCUCAACCAAUUAUAAACCCUCGACCGAAGAAGUAUCAAAUCACGGACAAACCUACCGAGACGACUUACACAAGUCGGCAGCCGAUGAACUUCCGUUGUUUUCCCAAGUGUACAGGAGAAUGUGUAGUCUAUCCUGAAGUCCAUCGAAACCUGCGAAUUUUUCCGGUCCCUAUUAAUCAGGACUCGAUGUAUCUUCCACCAUGAGGUCAUUAGAGACGCAUGUUGUGUGAAGUGAUCUGAAUGGAGCAAAGGCGAAGUGUAGCGGGUGGGGGAAAGCGUGAGGAAACUACUCACUAUGUCGUCGACCUUUCCUGUUUGUAAAAUGAUCCGUGUUUGACCACCCCCCUGGGUUGCUUUGGUCGAAGGCAAGUGACCACCUUUGUCUCUUCUCCAUUUUAGAUAUUUAUAUUUUUAAUUGAUACAGGUUAACAUUGAGGCUGUUUUUUUUUUUUUUUUAAAUUUCACUGAGUUUGGCUGCAGAUGAUUUUGGUACAUUUGUGACCAUAAUCAAAACUAAUAUAUUAUUUUCUAUUUUUUGUCGCACAAUGAACAACAGAUGUUUCUUAAUAUGCACCAGUUCCAGAAACCUGUCAGAGUCAUGAUGUCAUAAUGACUGAUGAUGUGAUGAGCUUAGAUCUUUAAUAUUUGAUAAGUGAAGUUAAGUACAAAAAAAAUUCUAAGAUGAAAGGGAUUGUUCCACCUUAAGAAGUUCCCAGUUAAGAAGUAUUCCUGCUUUUAUUAACAUGAACCAUGCUCAGUAUUAUCCUUAACAUUGCAUGUAAUGAAUAUCUACUGGACAGUAAGAGUGAAUAUUUUGGCAAAGUCUGAAUUUUCUUAACAGGGUUUUACUGUAUUGGCUGAAAAUAUGUGGGUUUGGUUUUGUGCUUUAGACAUGCAAGCAAAAAAAAAAGGAUACAGUUAUAUUUAUAAAACAACUAUGUACCUCGUGUAGUUUUCAAGAAUUUUAAAUGAUCAUGGUUACAUCAUCAUAUUUUAAUAUUUAUGACCAUCAUGUGUUAUUUAAAGUUUUAAAGUUCCUUAUUGUCAUAUUUUGCUCAUCCACAAGAGCCUUUGAUUCUUGCCAGUACAGUCAUUCUUUAGUUAGGCUCAUUUGGCAAUCCAACACGAAUUGAGCUGCUGACGUUCACAUUUUUUCAGGUAGUUUUGGGUUUUUCUUUGACCAUGACCCCCACUUCGUGCUUUACUCUGCUUGCAUUUUAAUUUCGUACAGUGUCAUUGUUAUGAUUUAUUGAAGAAGCGCUCUGAUUCAUUAUCAUAACAUGACGCAGGGUUGUAGCCAGAAUUUUGUGGAGGGAUCUGGUAUAUUGUUUUUUAUGAGUAAGUUUACUUUAUAAUUGAAUUCUAUAAGAAAAUUGAUUGUCACACUAAAAGUACACUUUUAUAACUCCAAUGCUAACACAUAAAAAUUUUAGUAAUGAUUUUUGAGUAAAAAAAAUACAGAACAUAUUAUAUUUUGAUUUUUAGGUUUUUACUAAAUUUAUUUUAAUGCUUUGUUCUAAAUUCAUGUGUUUCAUGAUUUUGUUAAGACCAGUCAUAAAUACAUAUACAUUAAUGUUAUUAAUUACAUGAAACACCUUUCAAGUUUAUUUGAGAGACAUUCUUAGAGUAAAACUUGUGCAAAACAGCAUUAAAUAUAGACUAUUACUGGGAAACUCAUUUCCUACUGCUUUUAUUUAUGAGGCAUGAUGGGCUAUAAUAAAAGAAAAAGAAAAUUAUUGUAGCCCAAUAAUCCUUCCAAAAAAUCUCUCUGUAACCUUAUGUAGCUAAGUUACUAUAUUUUUCUUAAUGUCUUGGUUUUUUUUUGUUCUGAAGGAAGGGCUCUAGACACCAUGGACCUCUCCUGGAUACGUCUCUGCGUGAUACGUAUCAGAGAUUUUUUUAAACAGUUUAACUCAUGUGUUUUUUUUUCCUUGCCAUGUACAGUACUCAUAUUUCUUUGGUAUUCCAAUUAAAACUAGAUAGUAUAUGUUUGACAGUUCGGGAAGAUCGCUAAUUUCCCCAUGGCCAUGCUCCCGAACAUAUGCUGUGCUAAGAGCUGUUACUGUAUUUUUAUAUGUACUGUCAGUAACUUAUUCUGUUUCACUUAAUCCAUUUUUCUCCUUUCAUCUUAUCUGUACUUAAUUCUUAGUGAGUUAACAGAUGUGAUUUUUAACUAUAAAAUAUCCUUCUAUUAUAUUAAAACUGCAAUAAGGUUUACAGCCUGACUUUCUGUUUAUCACAAUGAAGUAACAUCGAGACUAGUCUGUGUUUGAACCACUCUGGAAUUUGUGGAUCAUUCUCUUUUCCUUCUUUGUAUUUAUUCUCUUUGAUAUAAUAACUUUUCAGUUAAAGGAUCUGUAUGCAUACUUUUUUUGAACAAUUUCAUUAUUUAUUUAUUUUUUAAAAUUUAUUUAAUAUAACCUUUUAUUCUAGUCAGGAUGAGCAUUUAUUUAUAGUGGUUGUAUAUGUUACCAGAAAUUUGCUUCAAAAUGUUUUAAUGUCGACACACAGGUUUUUACAAUUGGUUUUAAGUAAUUAUUUUCAAACUUAGUUUCUCAAGUAUUUUCUUGGGUUUAAAACCCUUAAGUUAAUUUUAGUGGGCACAUUCUGGUCUUUUGGAAUGUUUUUUUUUUUUUAAUUAAAUAAUAAUUUUGCAUUAAGUAAGUACAUACAAAGUUUUAUUUUUUAGUAUGAAACUAUUCAGAAAAAAUGAAUCUCUAUGUAAUAGUUAGUAUUUGGUGUAAAUGUAUAGUCACUAUAGAUUUCUGAGUAUUCAAAGUAUCUACAGUAUAUUAUUUCUAGUAAGUAAUAUUUAAAAUGAGUUCAUUAUUUUACUUUUAUUUAAACUGUAGCCUACAUAUUUGAAAUAAAGUCAAGUUAUUAUUAUGAUUUAAUGUAUUUUUACACUUAAUCAUAUAUUGUACCUGAUAUGUACAUGUAACUGCAACAAAAUAGUAAACUAGUUUGAAUUAAUGUACCUUAUGAAAUUUUGUGAAUGUAUCAUUGAUGAAAAGUAUUUUAAAUGUGCCUGUGUCAUGAAAUAUUUAAUAAUAUGAAAGCUCUAUCGUAUAUAUAUUUUUUUGUAAUGGGAGAAAGUUGUAAUAUUCAAUAGUUGUGGUGAAACAGUCCAGCUAUCUGGCCAUCUCAGAUUCUUCCCAUUUACUUUCUGAUUUCCAAGCCCUUUUACUAAUCAGUUAUUCCGUUGAUGUGGUACAGGUGGUACGGGUAUCAAUGAGCUUUUCAUAAUUCCAAAGAGUUAGUAAGAUAUUGAGUCACUUCCAUAUGUCUUUUCUUGUGUUUUUGUGCUCAGUUAUGGCAAUAUUGUGAGUAAAAUGGGCAUUGAAGUACUUUAUGGUUAUGGCAUAUGCUACUUUGAAUCAAAAAUGUUAUUUUUAUGCAGUUUUCUGGUUAAUUUUUUUUAUUGUAUUGAAGUAGCGCAGUUUUUUAUAUUCAUUAAAAUGUGAUACUUAAAUAUUAUUGUAAAUAGUAAUUUUUAUGUUGUGAAUUUUUAUAUGCACCUGCCUCCCGUACUAACGCUGUUUGAUUUGCGUAGUUUUGAAGUAACAGUGCCAAUAUAUUACGGCAUGAUUUGAAGUUGUGCUGUGUAGAUUCGAAGUAGCACUGUUUUCUUAUACGUGAAUUUUUAUUUCCGUGCGCGCACAUUGGCAAUAAAUAUUACUUGUGUAGUGUUAAAUAUAAUGCAAUGAAUUAAUAGUGUGACGAGUCGGCAAACAAUAUUUUGCUCUUUCCUUAAAGCUAUUCACUUCCUUUAUUGCGUAUUUAUUUCUGACAAUGCCCGUGUGAACAACCAACGUUUAUUUUACGCCAUCUCGCAUGUGAGCAGUAGUUCUGGAGAGUAAAACUACAUAGAAGCUUACAGGGCUAGUUUACCUUGCACCUACUAGGAUGCGCUGUUGGCAAAUCAUGGCAGACAUGCAUUAGUAAACAACAGAGAUAGGAAUUACUUGAGCAGUUUAAAUAAUAUUUCUAAUAGAAAAUGUUUAUUUGUGCUUUUUCAAAUCUUAUUACAACUGAAAUAUAUCUCUUAUAUUAAUAACAUUAUUAUUUUGCAACUCAGAAAUUUUGUUAGCACCUACUGAGGAAUGUUAUGCCCUUGUCCUAUUAUGUAAACAACGAGGUACAUGGGUUUUUUAAAAUUUAAUUUUGAGGUCGUUUAAUCUCAAAGUGUUAUUCAACAUUUAUUUAAAUAUACUUCAAAUGUAUUUAGACAUAUAUGUGAACUGUAAAUUAAUGUUAACUGGAGCAGUGACGUGAUUAAAAUGGUAUUCAGCAGGCACACUUACCUGAUUGGAAAACAAAUUAUCUUAAUUAACAUACAUUCACUCUUAUGGAAAAAAUGCAUUGAUUAGCGCUCUGUUUUCCUGGAACAAAUUAGAGCGUAUCUUCGAGGGGCAGGUGUAGUAAUUGCAUUUUAUAAUGUAGUUAUAAAAUAAUUAUAUUGCUUUUGUUGUUAUAAUAAUGGCUUUGCAAUAUAUAUUUUAUUGUAAUGAGAAUCAAGCUUUUAAAAUAAUGUUUUUGAGAGAUCUGAUUGAACAUUUUAUUUUAUAUGAGAACAAUUUGUUUUUAUGUUAUGUAAUCAUAAUAACUAAUUAGUAUUAAAUACUUAAAAGUAUAGGAAUUUUUCUUAUAUAUAAAUAAUUAUUAUUAAAUGCUUCCUUGUCUCGCAUAGUCAAAAUAUUUGUUAAUAAUUUACUCUUUUACAAACAAUAUGCUGACAUCAUAGCUGUAUCAAACAUUUUGGCUGGUAAAAUGUGAUGUGAUUUGAUGCAUCACUGCAAGAAACUUUUCAAUAUUUCUAUAACAGUAUGUAAACAUCCAUGCCAUUACAGACGUUGUGGUAGAUUACCCAAUCCAGUAUAAGCUAACACAAGUCAGAAAAUGCCUGGGAACGGCCUCCAAAAUAAUAAAAAAAUAUUACAAUUUAAUUGUUUAGUUUUAUCUAUUUUUGAGUGUGAUUUUUCUCGCUGUUGCUUAAAGCAGGUGCCCUGAAAAGCAGAGAAAAACAAUCAAAUACACAAAAUUUUAGGUAAGAACCAAAUGCAAGCACAUUAUUAGAAGAAAUUACGCAACUGAAAAAUAUGUUCAACACUUCAUUCAAAAUUAACUCCUAGUUUGACCAUGGUUCCUGUAGCAUGCAAUGGAUCAGUCCGCAUUCAAUAAGAGCUACAACAUAUUUGCUAAUACAUUUUUUUAUAUAUGUACCGCACUUACAAUUACCGCAAAUAUCUUAAUAUAAUUCAGCUUGGUUAUCAUACUUAAACAAUUUAAAUAGCUACACAUGGAAAAUACUCAAACUAUUUACACAAAUAUUUAUUAAAUUGUCCUAUAUAAUAAUAUUUAAAUGAUUCGACCCGGGUCUACUAAUAUUCCGCGCGCCUUUCGGGGGCAUGUUUUCUUCUUUUACUUAAAGUAAUUCUACUGGCCAUAAACUUCACUUUCGAUAUCCUUUAAUUCAAGUUGUCAGGCGGUCCCCUCGCGCGACCAAUUGAUAUGAAGUCGCAACACCCGUACAGUCAAACUGGGAUGCCUUGUAACUUGUAACGUAGCAGCUGACUCCACCCACGAGAAUGCAAUGGCUUAGGGGACGGAGCUGAUGACUUACAUGUUCAUUGAAGACGUCGCUGCGGAAACCAGGUCUCCUGACCCAGUGCCAAAAACAGGAAUUAUGGUGAUCCUCCAAGCAGCUACUUGAAGGCUUGCUCGGCUCGUAGACUCGUAGACUGGUUGGUCGGCUCGGGCAUUUCAAAUACGUAACUUUUACGUGAAGUUAUUUAAGUGCACCCAUCACUCCUCAGCUCGGCCCGAUCGCGGCUACUGCCCUUACGGCCAGCGAACACACACACGUCCGCACCAGUCAGCUGGGUGCUCGAGAAUGCCUCGUUUUUCUUGUCAUUACGUCACUCUUCACCCCUCUCCUACCACGCCUGGUGGCAGCGACGUGCAAACAGUUCAUAUUUGUCCACGUAUUUUAGGCCUCACGUAAAAUAUAUGUUACAUCAAAAUUAACAAAAUAUCUUAAAACAAUUUAAACUAAAAAUGUAUUAAAAACCAGGCUGCCAACUUUACCUAAAAAUAACUAGACAGUUGUUUCUAUUGGUGCUUACGUGCCAAACAAAUUAACUACAAAUUAACUAAAAUUAAUUUACUAAAAUAAAAUAUACUUAAAAUUUAGAACAAGCAGUACACAUAAUUAACAAAAUUAACCAAUCAAAACACAUUUCCUUGGGGAGCUGCCGUUAACGUCUCUCAAGUCUUUUGGCCAUAGCAAAGCUGGCCAGAACAUCAGGCGGUUGGUGUUGGUUUGAUAGCCAUUUAGCAGGCAACCAGGCAGACUAGUUUGGCUUGGAUAGUCUCAGUCUGUCUCGAUAGGGACUUAGUUUGCUUUGCCACUUGUUGAUUUGCCUCCCAAUUGUCACUGUAGAAAAUUUCGAGUUAUAAUUUGAGUAUCUAUUAGCUCACUACACUUUUUUGGCAUAUUGUAGGAGGGUGUAGAAUUGUCAUGAACACAGUGUGAACUGAUGUACUGGCCUUGCAUAAGUAAAUGUACAAUGAUGAAGCCAAGAUAGCUUUGUUUUGUCAUUUAUUUCCUUGAUUCAAAGGAAACUAACAUUUUUACCUGCAUUUUGUGAAAUUUUGGGUCAAUAGUUUACAAACCAACCAGUUUUGUAAACGAAGUUUAGAAACUGUUGCUCCAUGGAAAAUUAAACCUACUUUACUUAAUACUUAUAUGUUAUAUUGUGUGUGUAUUCCUGAAUAUCAAAUUAUUAUUAUUAUUUGUAAGGAUUGAAUAGAAAUUGAUUUGUUCUUAAACUACUUUGUAUUUUUUAAUGGUAUCUUGCUAAAUAUACAUUUUAUAAACUUUUAUUUGUACAUGUUAUCUUGAUAUUUUCUGGUUUUUUUGCUAUGCCAUAAAAUAAAAGGGUCACCAGUGGCUCUUAACAUGCAAUGAUAGCUAACUAGGCAAGACAGCAGGAUGAAAUAUUUAUAUUUGUUAAUUAUUUGAGUAUAGCCUAAGUGUACAGCAAAGAUUGCAGAUAUGAUAUAUGUAUAUGUUUAUUUAAAUUAUACGUUUUUAUAAGUUAUUUUAUUGAAUAUGUAAAAAGUAUCUUCUUUUGUUAAUAAAUAUUUUAUUCAAAGAUCUGAUCUGCAUUUGGAAUGGCAGUAAAAAAAGUGUGUGUGUGUGUAUGUGUGUGAAUUUAUGACUUUAUUUAUCAGUGUUAUGUCAUGUAUGUUACUUUGUAUUAUGCAAGUUAAAUGAAUAAUUAAUAUUAACAUGUUUAUUUAGCUGUGCUGUAUAAUCCAAUGUGUGUGAUGAAUCUGCCAUAUAAAGAGAAAUAAUAUUUAACAAAUUAUAUGAUGCUUAAAUGUUCUCAUUUAGUGUUUACAGUGGCAUAAAAAUCAAUAACCAAAUGUACAGAUAAGUUUGAAAUAAAGUGUUGCUUUAUUUACAUCAUUAUAUUUUACACUGUUUUCUGGAAAAAUUUUACUGUAAUUUUUUUUUGCCUGGCUUAUAAAAACUGUUAUCUGUUUGUUAAGUUUUCAAGUAAAUUAUAUUAUUUUAUUUAUGAUUUUGUUUGUUCUCAGAUUUCAAAUAGAUUGAACUAUUGUUAAAUUUUUAUGGGUUCUGAAGGAUGUGUUAAAUAAGGUUUGUGAAGAAGAAAUAACAAGCUUAAUGUAUCUUACAUGGUAAUAUGCAUUGAAAUCACAUUUUAUGUCAAGUUAGUGGAUUUCCUGAAGCACUACAGUUUGAAAAAAAAAUUGCUUGUUGAGUUUUGUCAUUUUUGAAGAGAAAAGGUAAUAAAACUGCAUUAGCUCACGUUUA